UGGAUCUGGUCGUCAAUGUUUAUUUGGCUUAUUUGAAGAUAUAAGAAGAAGAAUGGAGUAUGAUGCUUGCAUGAAUGUUACAGCUCAGCAGUUUCUACAAAAUUUAGGUAGCUAUUAGAUUAAUUAUUAUUCUACUUUGGAAGAGGCCGAAAAGUUGGAAACUGCUGUGUUUGAUGACGUUCUUAUAUGUUAUUCAAAUAAUAAUAAAGUUGUAGGGUCAUAUGAGGUAAUAAAUAUUCACCAACUCCAGUUUCAACAUUAGUGUCGAGUUACAAAUAAGGAUCUUGAUAUGAAAGGGUUUCUUGUGAAAGCGUCAAUUAGAACCAUGCUAGGGGAAAUACAUAGCACUACGACACUUGAAGCAAAUAUAACUUCCUCUCUUGAGACCCUUUCCCAAACAAAAUUAGAAACCAUUGUGAUGAAUGGAAGUAUUAUGGAAAGAAAGUCUACCAUCGAACUUGUUGGGAAUAUGUAUGAAAUCGGUUGUACUGAAUCAGUGAAUGGAGAAAUUAAGUUUUCAACAAAGAAACAUUUAGCCCAAUCCAAUAUAUUAGGGUUAAUUGCCGAAGGUUCGGAUUUGAUUUUUCAGCGAAUUCUGGUUAAAUCUGCUUUUUCUGUUCCUUUCGAGGUUAUUGGUUUAGAUACAGAUUAUAAUUUAGCCACGGUGUCCUAUAUUGAUCUUGGAGAAAGAAACGUAUUCGUCGGAGAUAGUGAAAUAUCAGUGAGAGGAAUUCAGAGGACUGUGCAUUCUCAAAAAGCCAUCCCGUCAUCCUGGCAAACUUACUUUAUGGAGGACGGCCAUAUGAUACUAAGAAUACAAGUUGGCUCUCCGAUCACUAUAAAGGCGAACGCCAUACCUGAACUGUUCAAAAAAGAAAUGUAUUUGCCUAAACCAGUCGUCACAAAGGUCUCCUUAAAUUGGGAAGAUGAUCUGGAACUUUAUUCGCGUUUUUUAGACCGAAAGGAUGAAAUCAAAGCUCAAUAUCUUUUAUAUCUGCGUGAUCAUCCAGAGAUACAUGAUAUGAUUUCUGACUUUAUUAAAUCAUUAUUACUUCAUAAACCAGAUGAGGUAGUGAAAUAUGCUUCAGAAUACUUCAAGAGUUUUUCAGCUCGCGCGUUACCGAGUAGAAUAUUUUCUGUUGAAACUGUAUAAGUGUAAUUACUUUCUAUCAGGACAUAUGUUAUUUAUUUCAUUUUUAUUCUUCAGACAUGUUUAGACUGUUUAUUUUUUCAUUAUUUACAUGAAUAUCAGAUUUCCCGUCUUUGUUUUCACCCAGUGUUCUUUAGUAACUGCAUAAUUAAUUUCUGAAAAUAUAUAUUAUUUUGGUUGUUUGCAUUGA